AUGUAUCAUCCGCUCACCUUUACGCACAUCAAAUCAAGCAACCAAGAAAACCUUGAUGGAAAUGUAGCAUCUGUAUCCAAAUAUACCAACCGCAUGAUCAUAAUCAAAUCAAGGAAAUGCAACAAAGAUAGCAACCAAGACGAAUUCAAACUACAACUCAAAGUCAAGCAAAAUCAACAAAAUCCCCCCAAUACCAAUACGCUCUCGCUCCACUCCCCGGCAACAAAAUCAUCAAAAAUCACAAAAAUCAAGCAAAACCAAGUCAAGUCUGCACCAAAUUCUGACCUACCGCAAUGCAUCACCCAAGACAAGCACCGCCCCAGCAACAACAAAAUUCCGUCCUCAGCCAAGACCACCAUAGCAACAAAACAGCCAACAUCAAGCAAAGUCCCAGCAACAAAAGCGCAAAAACAUACAACAAUCAAGCAAAAUCAAGUCAAGUCAAAACCAAAUUCCGACCUCAGCCAACACGUCACCCCAGACGAAUACCACCCGCAACAAUCCCUACAACAGCAACAAUCAAGCAAAUCAAAACUCUGUUCCCCGCCACAUCCACCACAGCAAUAA